AUGAGGCAAGGAUAUAAGGGGAUCUAUACACCAUUCUACAGGGAUUUUUCUGGAGAAGAGAAGGGCAAGAUGCUGAUUGCAGCAGCUAAGGAGGGGUCAGUGAGCAAGGUGCGAACGUUGCUGGUAGUGGGGGCGGACGUGGAGGCGAUGGACGAGAACCAGCAGAACUCACUGCACUGGGCAGCAGCCAAGGGACACGUGGAGGUGGCGAGGCGUCUACUGGUGGAUGGAGCUAAUGUCAACGCCAGGGACCGCUGGCAGAACACACCUCUGCAUCAGGCUGCAUGGAAAGGCCACGCACCCGUUGUGCGGCUGCUGGCAGCAUCCUCUGCCGACCGCAACGCCAGGGAUCACAGAGGGAACACGCCACUGCACGAUGCGGCACGGCGUGGCCACCCAGACGCGGCGACUGCACUACUUGAGGCAGGGGCCGACAGAGAAGUCAGGAAUGACAAUGGGGACACGCUGCUGGACCUAGCCAAGCGGAACAACCACCAGCGCCUCGUAGACAUCCUAGGAUCAAGCUAA